CUUCUUCUGCUCCUCUCCGCAAUUCAUGUUCUUCCAGCUGCCCGUCUGCUCCGUUCCAGCCGCGGAAGGUCUCUGUUCACCGAAUUGCCAAAACUCAGUGUCGCGAUCGGUUCUGACGACUUCGACCUCAACCGCCUUACGCCUCUUCUGAAAGCGGCCCUUGCCGACACACCUGAUGACUCCGAGAUUUGGGAAGAAGUGUCCCAGGUCGUUGCCGAAUCUACACCGCCUCCGCGAUUGAUCGCAUCCUCCCUUCAACAAACGCCGUGGCUGCACAACACGAGCGGCUUUGCGAACUCGUCCGAAUACAGACGCGAUGUGGAUAGGGUGCUCAAGCAGGAGCUCGGUCCUCUCUAUGUUGGGCUUCGUCGACUUCCAGAAGUCUUCUUUGGACGGGUACCCGGGCUGGACGCCGCGUCCCAGGUUGUGUUCACCAAGUGCGUGGAAGGCAACGACCCCCUCUUCUGUGGAGGAUGGACUGGUUGGCCGAAGGAUGCAAACCAAGAUUCUGUCUUGGAAUGGUUCUCGAGCAUAAGCCAAAAGCUCGCAAGCUUUACCGAGGAAAUAUUGCCAGCUCCAACCCAUGGGCGACGACCGCUGGCACAACCCAACCAGCCAAUUCUCGAUUCUACUGCGGAGCGCAAGUUGGACAUUGGAUUUGUGGACGACCCAAACGCGUUGAAAGACACCCGAUUACAUUGGAAGCACAUUCUCGUCCCGGGAGAGUUGAAGAGCAACCCGUCGGCUGACACCAAGUCCAAAGCGUGGCUCGACCUAGGCAGGUAUGCCAGAGAAGUUCUUGCAGCUCAAGACACGCGUCGAUUUGUCCUGGGCUUCACUCUCUGCGGAUCCUUUAUGAGAAUAUGGGAGUUUGACCGCCUUGGGGGAAUCGCAUCCGACAAGUUCGACAUCAACGAAGACGGGCUGCGCUUUGUCUUCACAGUUCUAGGCUUCCUCUGGAUGGACCGUGAGGCACUUGGUUUCGAUCCUACAAUCACUACGCAGGGCAGUCGACGCUUUAUUUCGAUCACUCGAAAUGGCCAGUCGGAGCGACUUGUCCUUGACAAGCGGAUGAAGAGGGCACCCUGCAUUGCCGGUCGCGCCACGACUUGUUGGAGCGUCCACCGAGAAGACGACCCUCAGACCUCUUUGGUGGUUAAAGAUUCGUGGCAAUAUACUGAACGGGAAGAAGAAGGCGAGCUCCUCAAGACGGCGACAGAAAGUGGUGUGGUCAACGUGGCACGUUACUACCAUCACGAGACUGUUCAUGUCCGCGGCGAGGUCGACGACGUUUCGAGCAAUAUUCGAGGGAACCUCAACAUCCGAGAAGCGAGCAAUUAUCGAGCAGAUCAGUUGGUUCAACCAGGGAGCUCGAGCGCAGUCGAUAUUUCCCGGAAAGGUCGGAGCAGUAUUGCUGCCGGCAAGAAGCGUUCGUCCAGUCAGACGGAUGGCCCCCUACCGCCUAACAAGCGAUCUUGCUCUACGUCUCCAACCAAGGCUAGCCCUCCUGCACUACCAAACCGGGUGCAUCGUCGCGUCAUCGUUCGCGAUUCAACGUCCCCUUCAGCUUUGUUGGCGGCACUAGGUGAUUGUCACAGAUCAUUGCGGGAAAGGGUCAGCCUGCUCCACCGGGACGUCUCCGCGAAUAACCUUAUCAUUGGUGAAGAGAACGGUUUCUUGAUUGACCUUGACCUUGCCGUCAAGGAACAACGAGAAGACGGGAAAACCGCUUUCAUGGCCAUCGGGGCCCUUCUGGGAGAGCAACAUUCAUUCAUGCAUGAUCUUGAGUCCUUCUUCUGGGUCUUGUUCUGGAUCUGCAUUCACCAUAAUGGGCCGGGCGAAAGCAAAUUUGAUAAGUGGAAUUAUGUGGACAUGGAAGAAUUGGCCAAGCUGAAGCUUGGUACUAUUGGUAAGGAGACGAUUUUCCUCAGGACUAUGGCGAACAACUCGACAUCAUUCUUUGAGCCUCUUCUUCCUCUGUUGAACGAGCUGCGAAAGGUGGUCUUUCCCAAAGAUAGACCUUGGGAACGAGAGGACGAGAAGCUCUACUCAAGAAUGAUAGAAACUCUCCUUGCAUGGCCGACGGGCCGAGAGUAACGACUCUUUCUGGUUGUUGCAUAUUAGCUAUAUGACAAGAGGUGGAAUUAUAUCGAGAGCCUCAAACCUCUGUCUUUCCAAUUACUGCCUGCGACAUGCCACGCAAUAGACCGAGACGCUCCAACCUAUGAAGAUACCUGGAAUUGAAGAAGCGAGGAACGAGGCCUUCAGGCUGGAGGUCUUCGCGCUCUAUCGGAUGUGACAGAACCAAGAGCUACGACAAAUCAUGCAAGGGGGCUGCCGCGAUUUGAGAUCACAGUGCGCGGGGCUUGUACUUUCUUGGGCAUGCUCUCAGCCCUGCAAACUCGGGCCACAACGCCAAGAUUGGCACGGGCCGUCUAUUUAUCCGGUAAUGCCCUGUGUAGGGGCGGCGGGGUGGUACGGCACGUCUCGCGCGGCCAAUACCCAUGGUUUGUGGUGC